AGAUGUAGUGGAUAUGCGCAGCUCCUCCUCUGAACCAAACGGAUGUAGCUAAGCUGAAACCGUCUCUAGCGAGUUUUCCGGGAUCCGAAACCUCCGGCUCGUGCAGUGAGCAAAUACCAGUGCAGUGACGACUGGGGGAGGAGAGCGUAGAGGCAAGCGGCCAUUACAUAGCUGAGUUCCCCUGUAGGUCGGAGGGAAAAAGGGAGGCAGCUUGUGUGGCUCUUGCGGCGCCCCCCCUGUGAUACACCCGCUGGACCGGUGUGUUCUUCCCACUACACUAGCUAGGCUUGCUAAUUAACUACGAAUAGGGAUAGGGAAAGGCUUGGCCCGCUUUUUAGCGUGAUAUACCUUCGGAACGUCAGUAUACUAUCAGAUUAUAGGCAAUCUACUAAGAAAUUGAAGGAGUAAAAUUUGCGUUAAAAUCUAGCUAAAUAUAGCUAGCUUGUACAAAAGAGAGAACCACCUUAUUACAAUUAUUCAAAAUUGGUGUGUUUUUCAAAAUGGACGAAAAAGCUUUUACAAAGGAACUGGACCAAUGGGUCGAACAGCUGAAUGAAUGCAAGCAGUUGACGGAAAACCAAGUGAGGACGCUUUGCGAAAAGGCCAAAGAGAUUCUGACCAAGGAGUCGAACGUGCAGGAGGUGCGCUGCCCCGUCACGGUCUGCGGGGAUGUGCACGGCCAGUUCCACGACCUCAUGGAGCUCUUCAGGAUCGGGGGCAAGUCCCCCGACACCAACUACCUGUUCAUGGGCGACUACGUGGACAGAGGGUACUAUUCGGUGGAGACGGUCACGCUCCUCGUGGCGUUAAAGGUGCGUUACCCAGAGCGCAUCACCAUUUUGAGAGGCAACCACGAGAGCAGGCAAAUCACGCAGGUGUACGGCUUCUACGACGAGUGUCUGCGGAAGUACGGCAACGCCAACGUGUGGAAGUACUUCACCGACCUCUUCGACUAUCUCCCGCUCACCGCGCUCGUGGACGGACAGAUCUUCUGCCUGCAUGGUGGACUCUCACCCUCCAUAGACACACUGGAUCACAUCCGGGCUCUGGACCGCCUGCAGGAAGUUCCACACGAGGGCCCAAUGUGUGACCUCUUGUGGUCAGACCCGGACGACCGCGGCGGCUGGGGCAUCUCUCCGAGGGGCGCCGGCUACACCUUCGGACAGGACAUCUCCGAAACCUUCAACCACGCCAACGGCCUCACCCUCGUGUCCCGCGCCCAUCAGCUCGUCAUGGAGGGCUACAACUGGUGCCAUGACCGAAAUGUUGUCACCAUUUUCAGCGCGCCAAACUACUGUUAUCGCUGUGGCAACCAGGCUGCCAUCAUGGAGCUGGAUGAUACCCUUAAAUACUCUUUCCUCCAGUUUGACCCUGCACCUCGCCGCGGAGAGCCCCACGUCACCCGCCGCACCCCCGACUACUUCCUAUAAAAGCCUGCAGCGCCCCCAAUUGGCUUGGUGUAGGACUGCAGCAAUUUGUCAAAGCAAAAAAAUUAAAAUCUUGAUCACAUAUAUAUUAAAAAGAAUCAAAUCUGUGAGAUAUGUUAUAACAUUAAAGCACUAACAUGGACCAAAACGUGCCAUAUAAGCAUUAGUACACAUACAAAAUGCCCCAUGUCUCCGUACUGCAAGUGUCCCAUAUAGCCUUCAGCUCAACAGUGAAAGAUUGCCUGCUGUAUACUAUUGGUAGUAAUGUUGUUUCUGUUCUGGAUUGUAUGAUAUUGAAAACAAAAGGAAAGUGUACCAACUUGCUAUUUUCAACUUGACUGGCAAAGUGUUCAUUUUGAGUUGUAGCAAUGCUGGGCAUGUGAACUAGGAUGUUCUUUUAUAACGAUGCACAAGCUUUCUCCCUCUCUACAACCCAUGAGCUUACUUACUCCUCCUGCAAAUGCUCUUCUUUGCUUUCGUUUUUAAGGGCCCUUGGUCCCUUCCCCUUCUACUGCCUGAUCUUACCAUUUGAGUUUACUGUACCUUUUUUUUCCUGUAAAUUUGUCAUGCAGUGAUUGCAUCUUUGGUGUAUUUGAACAAAUAAAGUACUUUUGAUCGUGACCUACACGCUACAGGUUA